AUGGCGCUCUGUGCUUUCUCAUUUCCUGCCUAUAUCAGCCGAGCAACAAUUUCUGAUCCUCAGGAGUCCACUUCUCUGUCUUCUCAUUUGUUGUCAGCUCCGGAUCUGCCAUGCGUGCCUCCGCUGAAGCACAAGCAGGUGAAAAGAAGACAAGCAGGUGGGGUUCGUUCAUCACUUUCAGAGAAGGGAGAGUAUCAUUCACAGAGACCUGCAACACCUCUGUUGGACACCAUAAACUAUCCAAUUCAUAUGAAGAAUCUGUCUAUCAAGGAGCUAAAACAACUUGUAGAUGAGCUGAGGUCUGAUGUAAUUUUUAACGUAUCAAAAACUGGAGGUCACCUGGGAUCAAGCCUUGGUGUUGUUGAGCUAACUGUGGCUCUCCAUUAUGUCUUCAGUGCUCCUCAAGACAGGAUACUUUGGGAUGUUGGUCAUCAGUCUUACCCACAUAAGAUCUUGACGGGAAGAAGAGAUAAGAUGCAUACAAUGAGGCAGACCGAUGGGUUGGCAGGAUUUACCAAACGGGCAGAAAGUGAAUACGAUUGCUUUGGCACUGGUCACAGCUCUACCAGUAUCUCUGCCGGCUUGGGGAUGGCUGUAGGGAGGGAUCUAAAAGGAAGAAAGAAUAAUGUAAUUACUGUGAUAGGUGAUGGUGCCAUGACAGCAGGCCAAGCUUAUGAGGCCAUGAAUAAUGCUGGGUACCUAGAUUCGGACAUGAUUGUUAUUCUUAAUGACAACAAGCAAGUAUCUUUACCCACUGCGACUCUGGAUGGCCCUAUACCCCCUGUAGGAGCUUUAAGCAGUGCUCUUAGUAGGUUACAGUCAAACAGGCCACUGAGAGAACUGAGGGAGGUAGCCAAGGGUGUCACAAAACAACUUGGUGGAUCAAUGCAUGAACUGGCUGCAAAGGUUGAUGAGUAUGCUCGUGGGAUGAUCAGCGGUUCUGGGUCAACAUUGUUUGAAGAGCUUGGUCUCUAUUAUAUUGGUCCUGUUGAUGGUCACAAUAUGGAUGAUCUUGUUUCCAUUCUCCAAGAGGUUAAGAGCACCAAAACAACUGGUCCAGUCCUAAUCCAUGUUGUCACUGAGAAAGGCCGAGGAUAUCCAUAUGCAGAGAGGGCAGCUGACAAAUAUCACGGAGUGGCAAAGUUUGACCCAGCAACUGGGAAGCAGUUCAAAGGCAGUGCUAAAACUCAGGCUUAUACAACAUAUUUUGCUGAGGCUUUGAUUGCAGAAGCAGAGGCAGACAAGGAUAUUGUUGCCAUCCAUGCUGCAAUGGGAGGUGGAACGGGAUUGAAUAUGUUCCUUCGACGUUUCCCUACAAGAUGUUUUGAUGUUGGUAUAGCAGAACAGCAUGCAGUUACCUUCGCUGCAGGUCUGGCCUGUGAAGGCCUUAAACCUUUUUGUGCAAUCUACUCAUCUUUCAUGCAGAGGGCUUAUGACCAGGUAGUACAUGACGUGGAUUUGCAAAAAUUGCCUGUAAGAUUUGCAAUGGACAGAGCUGGGUUAGUUGGGGCAGAUGGUCCAACCCAUUGUGGUGCAUUUGAUGUCACAUUUAUGGCAUGUCUCCCAAACAUGGUGGUUAUGGCUCCUUCGGAUGAGGCAGAGCUUUUUCACAUGGUUGCUACUGCUGCUGCCAUUGAUGACCGCCCCAGCUGUUUCCGGUAUCCAAGAGGAAAUGGAGUUGGUGUUGAGCUACCACCGGGAAACAAAGGCACUCCCCUUGAGAUUGGAAGAGGCAGACUGCUGAUUCAAGGGGAGAGAGUGGCACUCUUGGGUUAUGGGACAGCAGUUCAGAGCUGUCUAGCUGCUGCCUCAUUACUCAAACAAAGUGGCUUACAGAUAACAGUAGCAGAUGCUCGAUUCUGCAAGCCGCUGGAUCAUGCCCUUAUCUGCAGCCUAGCAAAAUCACAUGAGUUUUUAAUUACAGUGGAAGAGGGGUCAAUUGGAGGCUUUGGGUCCCAUGUUGCUCAAUUCCUAGCGCUUAAUGGUCUUCUUGAUGGCACGGUGAAGUGGAGACCACUUGUUCUUCCUGAUCGAUACAUUGAUCAUGGAUCCCCUGCUGAUCAGUUGACCGAAGCAGGCUUAACCCCGUCUCACAUUGCCGCGACAGUGUUCAAUGUAGUUGGACAAACGAGGGAGGCUUUGGAGAUCAUGUCAUAGAGGAAUCCUGAAGAAAAAAACUCUGUAGUUUUGUACAUAGAGAAAUAUCAGAAGAAUAAAUCCUUCAUUCCUAUCUUUCUUGUAGAAAACAAAAUGCUGUAGUGCCAGUGCACCAAACUUUAGUCUCAUGUUGAUUAUAAAUAAUGAGAUUUCAAAUAUA